UCUAGCUGGCUCCAUAGAGCAGCCGGUGUCUAUGAGCUCACUGAGCGUCACCGGCAUAUAUGUCUGGUAAACAUUAUCGCCAGCCUCAACAGUGUAUAUUCCAGGCAUGUAUGUGUGCUGACGCGACCGGUGACGCAGGUCGUGUGGCGAAUGCGAUCCUGCUUUGGCACUGCUAUGAAUGCGACACCAGCCAAAAACCCGCUUUUCCUGGUCAAGCAGCUGUGCGCCUGGUGCUGAUAGCAGGACUUGGGAUCCGUCAGCUGACAUAGUGUACAUGCUGUAAAGACGGCGUAGGCUGCUGAUGCUGCGUGGCAUAUAUGGAAUGGCAACAAUCAGCGAUUUCGCGGUCUGUGAGUGUAUGUCCAACGGAUUGCCUGUAUACCGGGUCUUCAAUUCUGCUGCCACCGCCUUCAACGUGCUAUGGUACCGCGCCUUCGUCGAUGGUAUGGAGCCGCCCAGCCUCCUCGCCUGCCGACCCUGAUGGACCUAGGGCAAUGCAGCCGACAGAGGCGGACUGCAUACCAGUCAUACCGCACAAAUCCUCGAGAAGCCCCACGGUUUGCUGGUCCACAUGCCUCCAUAGGCUUUGCAGCCGCCGGAUCUCAGGCAGUGUCAGUGCCCAGAGUACCGCAAUUCCGCCAUUGAAAUCGCCAAACACGCGCACAAGUAUGUGUGUCAACACAACCAAGCAGGUUACAAUAUGUGGAUGCCCCUUCAGGUUAGACAGCGACGACACUGCGUGCCUGUCCCGAUGCUCACUCUCCAUGCUACGUCUGGGUGCUGGUAGCUGGAGACCGGGCGCUAGGAGGUGCCAGGUUUGAAGCUUGCACCUUUAGCCUAUCCGAUGCUGCUGUGUCCAGUAGUAUUCCAGCUGCAGCAUGGCCAAGGAACACGGCGAACCCUGCACAGUUCCUCACUGAGCUCGCUACAUCAACCUCAGCUCC